AUGGCAACGAAAUCUCCUUCAAAUAGUGGCGCUGGUUCUAAUAUACCUAAGCGGAAACAAAAUCUACGUUUUUCUGAUAUUGGCAAUCUACCACAUCAAACACUAUUACCAAUAGAUGGUUAUCAACAUCGUAAACUUCUUCCACUAGAACUGGCUUUAAAAUCAGUUACGAAUCUGCAACCAAAUGUAGAUCAGAAAGUUGAAGUAGCUUUACAUAACUGUCUGUAUCUUUCAGAAAACCUUACGCAAGACGAAUCGGCAGCCAUUCAAAUUUAUACUAUGGAAUGGGCACCGCACGAGACAUGUGUUUAUUAUUUACUUAACCAAUUAUUACGUUUAGAAGAUCGUGAACCUUUAAAACCAUGGUUCAACUAUUUAAAAUUAAUAUUAACAGGUUUAUAUAAACUAGCAUCAUUUAAAGGCACUGUUUGGCGUGGAGUUAAACUCGAUCUUAGCCGAGAAUAUCCAAAGGAUAAAGUAUUUAUUUGGUGGGGUUUUAGUUCAUGCACAGAAUCACUGGAGGUUCUACAAUCAGAACACUUUCUGGGAAAAACCGGUCAUCGAACAUUGUUUAGUAUUGAGUGUCUGGAUGGCAAAGAGAUUCAACGUCAUUCUUAUCUAAGAAAAGAGAGAGAAAUUCUGUUAUUACCCGGGCGAAAAUUUCGAGUAAAAGGACUUGUUGAAAUGGCUCCAAAUGCGCAUGUUAUUCAACUAAUAGAAAUUAUUCCGAAAUUCCCCUUGUUAGCUGAUCCUUUCGUUACCUCCGAACCAGUACUUAUGGGCGGCGAAAAGAGAACUACAUCUACAUCACUUCUAUCUAAACCUGGCUAUUUCACCGCUGAUGAUCGUGAUGGCUCGAGAAGCACGGUUGAAGAGAUAAUCACACAACACCGUUCUAGUGCAGUAGUUGAAAUAUAUCGUCAACAGCUGAAUAAUCGAGACAUGGAAUUAUUAAAAAAUGAAUUAAGAUCAAAUGAAAGUUGGUCUAAAUUAGAUUUAUCAUUCACUAAUAUCACUGAAAAUGGUGUUCAUGAUCUUUGUGAAGGACUAAGAGAAAAUCGUACGCUGUCAACAUUACACGUCUAUGGUAACCGAAUUGCAGAUUCUGGUGCAAUAUCAAUUGCACAAACCUUAAAGAAGCAUCCGACAAUAAAAGACCUAAGUUUAGUUAGGAAUGAUAUUACCGAUGAUAGUUGCGAUGCAUUGGGUGCCAUGCUGAAAGUGAACUACACAUUAGAAAGACUUGUACUUAGUGAAAAUGACAUAACGGACGUGGGCAUUGAACAUAUUUUACAUGCAUUGGCAAAUGUAAAUGAUAGUUUGAAAGAAUUAGAUCUUCGUAGAAAUUGUCUUACCGACAGAUGUAUUGAUGAUGUUGUACAAAUGUUGCAACAUAAUCGUACAUUAACAUAUUUAGAUGUUCGAGAUAAUAAAUUAAGCAAAGGUGGUAAAAAUCGUAUUGAAGAAGCAGCGCAAGAUAAUGAUGUUUUAACUGAUUUAUAUCUCUAA